AUGGCGACAGUGGCAGCAGCUGCUGCUGAUCGCGUGUGCCCUGCUGCUGCAAGGAAGAACAGGAACGAGCACAGGAGUGCUGCUGCUGUGGUCCUGUCUGCACUGCUCCUCGUGCUCCUCUCGUUUCAUAUAGGAGAAGGACAGGGAUCGCCGAGGAAAGAGCUGCUAGCAGGAGGAUCAGCUGUGGACAUCUCAGCCCUUCCCAGUGCAGCAGAGCAGCAAGCAUUGACGCACUUACACUUGCAUGCGGCGCCUGAGAAGGCGGGUUAUGACUCGCUGCUGUCGAACGGUCCCUUCGUGCCCCCGAGGACCAAGAUGCUGGAGAAACUCUCGAGGAAGAGCAUGCUGGGAGGAUCCAUCGGCAUCGAUGGCAGCGUCCACCUCCUCCGGUCCGCCAAACAGAUCCUGCAGGACAGGCUGCGAUCGCCAGGAGGAGGUAUGAAGCAAGUUCCGGCUCCAUCAGGCAGGCAGACUGUGGACGAGGCGGCAGGAGAGGAAGGAGAGGAUGCGGAGGAGGCGCUGCGGGAGCAGAAGAGGAGGCUGGCAGCGAAGCUGAAGAAGCUGGAGGAGGCGGCGGGGGCCAACGAAUUUUACAGCAUCAAGGAGCUGAAUACUUAA